AUGUUAGAGAAGUUCAAGCCCAGCCAACCUUACUUUGGCCUCCGGGGUGGAUGGUUGACCUUUUGGGUCACCGUCGCCUGUGCCACUGAUAUGAUGCUGUUUGGCUACGACCAGGGUGUCUUCGGUGGUGUUGUCGUGACCAAGGACUUCCUAAACACCCUCAAUCUCGGUGACAAUGCCACCCUCCUGGGUACGGUCACCGCCAUCUACGACAUCGGCUGUCUGUUCGGUGCCAUCAUCGCCAUGAUCUGGGGUGAGAGAUGGGGCCGAAAGCGUUCUAUCAUCUAUGGCACAACGGUCAUGUCCAUUGGCGCACUCCUCCAGAUCACCGCGUACGGCGUCCCCCAGAUGAUCGUCGGCCGCAUUAUCGCCGGCCUGGGCAACGGUAUCAACACAUCGAUUGCACCUGUCUGGCAGGGUGAAACCUCCCAGGCCAAAUGGCGUGGCAAGCUGGUCGUCAUUGAGCUCACGCUCAACAUCGCCGGGUUCUCCUUGUCCAACUGGAUCACCUUUGCCUUCUCUUUUCUACCGGGCCCGGUCGCCUGGCGGUUCCCGCUGGCAUUCCAGUUCCUCUUCAUCUUCAUCCUUUACGCUACCGUGCCUUGGUUGCCCGAAUCCCCUCGUUGGCUCAUCGCUCACGACCGUCUCGACGAGGCUCAGGUCAUCAUCUCGGAUCUAGAGGACAAAGAGAUCGACGACUCGUAUGUCGUCACCGAGUACACUGAAAUCAUUGCCGCUGUUCAGUAUGAGCGCCAUCACGCUGUCUCCUGGUGGGAUCUGCUCCGCGGCAAGGCGGGCAAAGAGGGUGGCACUUGUGCCAUUCGCCGAAUGAUCCUGGGUGCUGGCGCCCAGUUCAUGCAGCAGGGAGCUGGUAUUAACGUGACAAGUUACUACCUUCCUACCGUCCUGAUGGAGUCCGUCGGGCUCACAGAGAGACUGGCCCGGCUGCUGGCCGCCUGCAACUCAGUCUCGUACCUCCUCGCCGGAGCCGUAGCUAUCCCCAACAUCGAGCGCUGGGGCCGACGCCGGCUCUUCAUGAUCUGCGCCCUGGGCCAGGGCGUGUGCUACCUGCUGAUCACGGUGCUGCUGCGCUUCAGCGAAAAGGAAGGCUACGCAGCCAGGAAAGAAGUCGCCUCGGCGUCGAUCGCCUUCUUCUUCCUCUACUACGUGUUCUUCGGCUGUGGCUUCCAAGGCAUCCCGUGGCUCCUCCCCGUGGAGCUGAACUCGCUCAGCAUGCGCACCAAGGGCGCGGCCCUGGGCACGGCCACCAACUGGGCGAUCAACUUCAUGGUCGUGGAGAUUACCCCCAUCGGCAUCAAGAGUCUGCACUGGCGGUUUUAUAUCAUCUGGACCGUCCUCAACCUGGCCUUUGUGCCGACGAUCUACUUGUUCUACCCUGAGACGGCUAAUCGUCAGCUCGAGGAUAUCGACUUGUUCUUCCGGGAGAACCACGGCUUGUUCGUGCACAAUAACCCCGAAGCGGUCUCCACUGCGCGUCCUGCCCGCUAUGUUGAAAUCGAGCAGGACUUGGUCCAUCGCAAUGCGUCCGUCUCGGCUGAUAAGAAGAAUGCUGCUGGCCUCGAGGGCCAGGGCGAGCAUAUGGAGCUUGUAUAG